UUCUCAUAACACACCAUUUUUUCCGGUGGCCAUGGCGUCAAUUCUCUCACAAUACUCUUCUCCCGCCCUCCCCAAAACCAGGUGGUGGUCGGAGGAGACGGUGGCGAUAGUGACCGGAGCGAACAAGGGCAUCGGGUUUGCUCUGGUGAAGCGGCUGGCGGAGCUGGGUUUAACGGUGGUUCUGACGGCCAGAGAUAAUGCAAGAGGCCUUGAGGCGGCGGAGCGGCUGAGGAGAUUAGGGCUCCGUGUUUGGUUCCACCGCCUUGAUGUUUCAGACCGCCACUCCAUCGGAGACUUUGCUUCCUGGUUUCGCUGCACUUUCUCCGCCUUGGAUAUACUGGUAAAUAACGCGGCGGUGUCGUUCAACGAGAUCGAGCAGAACUCGGUGGAGCAUGCAGAGACGGUGAUAGCCACCAAUUACUACGGCCCAAAACUGCUCAUCGCCGCCCUUCUCCCCAUGUUUCGCUGCUCCUCUUCCACCGCCCGAAUACUUAACAUCAGCUCCAGGCUCGGCCAAUUCAACAAGCUUCAAAACCCAAAACUAAGAGAAGAACUAGAAGAUGAAGAAAAGCUAAGAGAGGAGAAAAUAGAGGAGAUGGUGAAAUCGUUUCUUGGGGACGUGAAAAAUGGGUCGUGGAAAGCGAAUGGGUGGCCGGAAGUGUGGACGGACUACGCCGUCUCAAAGCUUGCCCUCAACGCCUACUCUAAGGUUUUGGCUCGCCGUUACCGAGGCCGUGGAUUAAGCGUCAACUGCUUCUGUCCCGGAUUCACGCAGACCUCCAUGACCGGCGGCAAGGGGAAACACACGCCGGAAGCCGCGGCGGAGAUCGGGGCCAAGCUCGCCUUGCUUCCCGCCGAUCAACUCCCCUCCGGCAUUUUCUUUGCAAGCUCUACUACUUCUGCUUCCGCUUUCUCCAAAUUGUAAAACUACCCAAUUGAAUAUUAUAAUAUAUAUUCAU